AUGGCAAUUAGUUCUUCCUCCAUUACUAAUCAAUGGAAGUAUGAGGUUUUCCUAAGCUUCAGAGCCCAAGACACCCGCGAUAGCUUUUUGAGUCAUCUUUAUCGUAAAUUGAUGACAGAUCAAAUUGAAACCUUUUAUGAUGAUGAAGGUUCUCCCUUACGGCGUGGCGAUGACAUGCAACCCGAGAUCGUUAAAGCGAUUGAAGAAUCAUAUAUUGCAGUAGUCAUUUUCUCCAAAAACUAUCUAUCUUCUAUAUGGUGUUUGGAGGAACUGGGACACAUUUAUGAGUGCUACAGGGCAGGAAAACAAAUUGUUAUACCAAUUUUCUAUGAAGUCAAUCCAGCUCUUGUCCUUGAGCAGAGGGGCAGCUUUGCGGAUUCACUAGUUAAGCUUCCAAAGGAAUACAGUUCAGAACAAGUGAAGCGUUGGGCGCAUGCUGUGGAAGAAAUAGCCAGUAUAAAGGGCUGGGAGUCAAACAAAAUUAACCACGCUAUGCUAGUUGACAAUAUUGUUGGUGACAUUGAGAAUAAAUUAGCUUUAUUGCCCUCAUGCCGCUUACCGUCCUGCAACUCAAAACAUUUCAUUGGAGUCGAAUCGCCUGUUAAAGAUCAAUCUUCGUCAGCCGAUACUCAUCUAGGAAAUUAUAAUGCUGUGUUCCUUAGUUUCAGCGGCGCAGACACCGGCAAUGGUUUUGUCAGUUUUCUUCAUCGUGAGUUGUUGGAUAGAAAUGGAAUCGAGACUUACAUUAAUGACGGAUCUGGUGGAAGAGACGAGAUCAUGAAAAAGAUUGAAGAAUCACGUGUUUCAAUUGUCGUUUUGUCCAAAAAUUAUGCAGAUUCGACAUGGUGUUUAGCGGAACUCGUCAAGGUUCUGGAGUGCAAGAAGACAAAAGGCCAGUUUGUUAUACCAGUUUUUUACCAAGUUGAUCCACGUGAUAUCAGAAAGCUGCGUGGGAGCUUCGGGGAUGCACUUGCUAAGCAUGAAGGACAGUGUAGUAUAGAAGAGGUGAAGGGUUGGAGCUGUGCUUUGACAGAAAUAACCAACCUGGCGGGAUGGGAUGCAAACGUCACCAAGCCUGAUAGCAAACUAAUUAAGGAAAUUGUUGGUGACAUUGAGAGGAAGUUACGUCUCUCAGACAGUUCAUUUUCAAGUGAUUCAAAAGACUUUGUUGGAAUUGAAUCUCGGGUUAAAGAUGUUGAAUAUUUACUAUCCAUUGGAUCACCAAGUGUGCUUAUUGUGGGAAUCUGGGGAAUGCCUGGUAUAGGCAAGACAACAAUUGCUAAAUUUGUAUAUGAUCGAAUCUCUCCUCAAUUUGAAGGUCGUUGCUUUCUUCCAGAUGUCACGGAAGAGUUAAGGAAGCACGGGCUAGUUAAUCUACAACAGAAAAUGCUUUGUGAAGUAUUGAGGGAAAAAAAUUUGAAUCGAAUUACGGUCAACACAUUUCCCUCCCGCUUUCACCGAAUGCUCCGCCGGAGACACGUCAUCAUUGUUCUUGAUGAUGUUAGUGAUCCUCGGGAUUUAAAAGAUUUAAUAGUAGAGGUUGGUUUGUGGGGCCCAGGAAGUAGAAUCAUUGUGAUAAGUAGAGAUAGGAAAGUGCUUGCAAAAGCAUGUAGUGAAGAUAAAAUCUACGAGGUUAAAGAUUUAGAUGAAAGUGAUGCUGUUGAACUCUUCAGCUUACAUGCUUUUAGACAACAUUCUCCCAUAGAAGAGUAUACACAGCUAUCAGAAAAGGCGUUGAACUAUGCUAAAGGCAUUCCAUUAAUUCUCCGAGUGUUAGGUUCUCAACUAUAUGGCAUGGGCAUCAAAGAAUGGGAAAGUGUGUUGGCAAAGCUAGAAGGAACUUUAGACAAGAAAAUUGAGCAAAGUUUCAGAAUGAUUUAUGAUGAAUUAGAUUUGACAGAACAGAGCAUAUUUCUUGAUAUAGCAUGCUUCUUUAGAAGUUGUGAUAAAGAUCUUGUCCAACAUUCAGUAGAUCUAGGUCCAUUCGGUGAAAAAAUUGGGAUACGUCGUCUCAUUGAUAGGUGUCUCAUAAAGUUUUCAGACAAAGAGAUAUGGAUGCAUGAUUUGCUACAACUACUAGGUCAACACAUUGUUCAAGAAGAAAACAUUGAUGAUCCCCAUAGAAAAUGUAGCAGGUUGUGGGAUCCAGUUGACAUCUGUCAUGCAUUAAAAUAUCAAGAGGGGACUGAAAGAGUGGAAGCCAUAUCCCUAGACUUGACCAAAAUUAAAAAAAUUGACCUAGGUCCUACAGCCUUCAAAGGGAUGCAUAAUCUUAGACUGCUCAAGUUCUAUAAUCCUAAACGUAUUCCCGCAAAGCAUGUAUUUUAUAAUUCUAUAGUGUUUGGAGAAAUCAAAAUCCAUCUUCCUAAGGAGCUUGAAUUUCUUCCGCACAAGCUAAGGAUUCUUUACUGGGAUCAUUAUCCUUUGAAAUCUCUGCCAAUGAAUUUUUGUCCUCUGAAUCUUGUUGAAUUGCAAAUGCCGCAUAGCCAUCUUGAACAACUAUGGGAUGAAUUUCCGCCUCUUGUGAAUUUAAAAGUCAUGCGCCUCUGUUACUCCAUGUACCUUAUCAGAAUUCCAAACUUGACUAAUGUCCCAAAUCUUGAGGUUCUAGAUCUGAGUUGCUGCGGAAGUUUUGUUGAUGUCCCCUCCUCUAUUCAGUAUUGCAGAAAUCUGAAAAAACUAGACCUUAGCAAUUGCAAAAAUCUUUGUGGUUUGCCAAGCUUCCUUGCUAUGACAUCUCUAGAUGUUCUCUGUCUCAAAGAUUGCCCAAACAUCAAAGAUUUUCCAGCAGUUCCCAUGAAUAUGAAGUAUUUAUACUUGAGCGGAACUGCAAUAAAACGAGUUCUGCCCUCGUCGGUUGAGAAUCUCUCUCAACUUGUUGUGCUGGAUUUGAGUUUGUGUGCAAGGCUUAAGGGUCUGCCAAGUAGCAUUUCCCAGUUGAAAUGUCUUGCAGAACUUAAUCUUAGUGGUUGCUCGAAGUUAGAGAAUCUACCUAAUAGCAUCUAUGAUUUGGAAUCUCUUCAAACACUUUAUCUCUACAGAUGUAGACGUCUGGAUAGAUUCCCAGAGAACUCAGGGAAUUUAGAAAACACCAUCAAUCAUUUGGACCGUAUACAAUAUUUAGAUCUAGAAGGUUGUUACCUAUCAGAAAUUCCCUACAGCCUUGGCUCGUUUGUGUCAUUGAGAAAAUUGAAUUUAACAGGGAACAAUUUUGAGAGCAUACCUGCAAGCAUCAAGAACCUUUCAGAGCUGACUGAUCUGAUUUUAAGUGGAUGUGUGAAGCUUCAAUGUUUACCAGAGCUUCCAUCAAAUCUACAACGUCUAAUUGUGCAGUGCUGCAUUUCUCUACAAUCAGUAAAAAGUAUAUACACUGAAGUUCGGAAGGAGAAUGGAGCUGCUUCCGAGGUUUUUAAUUUUGCAUAUUGCACCAGACUGAUUCAGGAUGCUUGCAUUCAAAUUAUAGCUGAUGCAUGGUUGAGGAUUCGACGCAUGGCAACAUCUCUGUUCAAUCAGGAAUCCGGUGAGCCGAUUGGAUUUAGAUUGUGUGUCCCUGGGUUGGAGGUCCCAGGGUGGUUCAACUAUAAAAACACUGAAGGUUCUUCAUUGGAAAAUAUUAAGCUGCCUGAUUGCAACAGUACUGAAUUUUUGGGUUGCAUUUUUUGCGCUGUUGUUGCAUUCAAACACCAUAAUGAUUCUGAGAAUUAUGAGGUUUAUGAUGAAUAUACUGGUGAUCCUGUAGGAGCUUAUAACAUCAGAUGUUUGAUAACAGAACCUGGACAUCCUAAUCGUUUAUGCUCCUUCAUGUUACCCAAGAUAGAUGCUGUUCGCAUGAUGGGAAGAUUAAAACACGUGUUCAUGUGGUAUGACCCGAGUUUUAAGUCUAAUUUCACUGAGGCCACAUUUAAAUUUGACCUUGAUUGUGACCCUGCGACCCAGAAAUUCCCAUACGAGGUGAUUAAAUGUGGAGUCCAUCUACUGUCAGCCCAAGAUGAGGAGCAACAAAAACAUGAAAGGUUGAAGAUGGAUAUAAUUGACCCUGACCAGCCUUCCUCGUCAUCUGUUCGACGUCUGGAGCUAAUUUACUGUUCAUACCUCCAUGUUGACCGUUGGUCUUGGAUGCGUGUAUCACAUAAAGAUGGAAAUCUAUGUCCCAUUUUGGGGAUGACUCGUUCAUAUUUAAAAGAGAUGGUGGAUGAGAUGCUCGUUGUGCUUAUUAAAAUUUGUGUGUGCACAAAACUUAGUUUAGUUUCUAAAACCCUAGGUUAUAUUGUUGCUAUUGAGAAACUUGUUGAACAGGUGCGAGCUGUUCAAUCAGAGGUCAAGCAUAACUUGGAGCAAUCCAAUGCCAGAUACAAACAACGUAUUCAACAUGUUGUGGGUUUGUUGCAAGUGGCUGAUACGGUUUAG